AUGGAAAUUUUCCAAAACAACACCACAUUUCGCGAGGCCUUUCGUGUUGACAUGGAUGUUGCCGAAUACAUUUUGAUGAUAAUUGGAUUGCACAUUCAACACGAGACGGAGAGAAAUCAUGCAUUAUCCCCAAAAGAACAACUUCUUACCGCUCUUCAUUGGUACGGGAAUGGUAGUCAAUACCACACAAUGUUAUAUUGUCACGAUGUUGCCGGCCUUAUUGAUGGUACUCAUAUCAAAAUUGAUGCACCCAGUGGAGUCGAUGAAGCAGCGUUUGUCAAUAGACACAAUCAUCAUUCAAUCAAUCUUACCGUCGUUUGUGGACCACAAUUACAAUUUUUCUAUGCUACGGCUCAGUCUCCGGGAAGUGUACAUGAUGCACGCGCACUUCGUGUUUCCUCGUUGUGGAGAUCAUGGGAGACCAAUCACUGGCGUCCAUUUAGAAAUGCUGUUAUACUUGGUGACUCAGCAUAUCCUUCAAUGAAUUGGCUUCUGACGCCCACAAUUUUGCAACAAAAUAUACGGCCUGAGUUGGCAGUUGGUAUCGAAAUGUAUAGGCAAAAUCAUCGUAAAACACGAUUCAAAGUAGAGAAUUCGAUCGGGGUUUUGCGCGAACAAUUUCCGUGUCUUAACCAAAUGCGGGUUCGAUCGCCUACUAAUAUUUCUCGUAUUAUAAUGGCAUGUGUAACUCUUCACAACAUCCAAAAUAAUUAUCGCCACGGUUCUUAUCGAUAUGAUGCGAGAUUGGAAAGAAUUGCAAACAGAAUUGAAAAUGGAAACGAUGACGAUGACGAUGAUGAAGAUGAAGACAAUGAUUUUGGUCAACGAAAUGUCAACCAAAUUCCUAAUCGGCCCAACGGAGCUCAACGUCAGCGAGAAUACAUCAAUUAUUUUAAUAACCCUUUUUAA